CUCUGAAGAGAAGGGUGGGGGGGAGAGGGGGGCUUGGUUUAUUCUCUAGGUUUUUUUUAUACCACGACGGUGGCAAACAAGCAUACGGCCCGCCUGAUGGCAAGUAGUCACCGUAGCCUAUGGACGCCUGCAACACCAGAGGCAUUACAUGCGCGUUGCCGACCCUUUAAAAACCUGUACACUCCUUUUUUGAAGAACCCCAUACUACAGUGAAACGGAAAACAAUUAUCAGGCCCGAAAUCGGGACUCAUUUCGGGCCUGAUAUCGGGAAGGGUGGAUGUAAUUGGCGCUAUAGCUAUUUAUUUGAAGUGCUCCUCCCCCGCGAAAAAUCGGCAGACUGUUUUGUAUAGAAAACAUAGAUAGAAAAUUAUAGACUAGGUGUCUCCUGCGGCUACCGGGAAAAUCGUAAUUCGUCAAUUGCGGGCAUUUUUCUCUGUCACUCUAAUUACGUCUUGUGAGAGUAAAAGAGAAAGAUCCCCGCAAUUUGCGAAUUUCGGUAUUCGCAGUAAGCCCCCAGUUGUUAAAUCCUCCACGGGACGCUCCCAUAACAAUGCCGCAAUGUAUCAAAAAUCGCAUGCGAUUUGUGACAAAGGCAAAGAAGCCGUUAUGGCAAUGACUCGAAGAGCUUGAAUGUCAAUGUCAAAAUAUCCAUCAAUCUCAAUCAUCAAGCCAUCCAAAACAACCAACAUUUUGAAUGUUAAUUUGUUGAUUCAUAAAAAAAUCUCCCUUCUGUUUCUAAAAUUACGUGAAAUACGCGUUUUCUGUUUAAACCUAAUGACUUUGGCUUCAUAAUGGCUGCACCUAAAGUAGAGGCAAUGGAUCUAGAUUCCAAAAAACCUAUUUGUUUGAUAAUUUUAGGUAUGGCUGGUGCUGGAAAGACUUCCUUUACCAAACGUAUUGCGGGACAUGUCGUGGAAGGCGCCAGACCGUAUAUAAUCAACUUAGAUCCUGCAUGCCGUGAAGUGCCGUAUCCAGCUAACAUUGAUAUCAGAGAUACAGUGAAUUAUAAGGAAGUUAUGAAACAAUACGGCCUAGGUCCGAACGGAGGCAUUGUUACAUCCCUAAAUCUGUUCUCCACUAAGUUUGGCCAGGUUGUGGAACUCAUUGAAAAGGCCGGACAGAAACACAAAUAUUGUGUCAUUGAUACUCCUGGUCAAAUAGAAGUAUUCACAUGGUCAGCAUCUGGGACUAUAGUCACUGAGACACUUGCUGCCUCCUGUCCUACUGUAGUCGUAUAUGUCAUGGACACUGUCCGCAGUGUAUCACCGGUGACAUUCAUGUCCAACAUGCUGUAUGCCUGCUCCAUACUCUACAAGGCCAGGCUGCCGUUCAUUGUUGUCAUGAAUAAGACGGACGUAGUAGACAAUGCAUACGCCGUCGACUGGAUGCGCGACUUCGAGUCCUUCCAAGAGGCGUUAGACGCCGAAGGGGACGCCGAGGGCGGCGCCACCUACGUCGGCAAUCUGGCGCGCUCCAUGGCUCUCGCAUUAGACACCUUCUAUAAAGACCUCAAGUGUUGUGGCGUUAGUGCACAUACAGGCGCGGGCCUUGACGAAUUCUUUACACUUGUGGACAAGGCAGCUGAAGAAUAUGAGACUGAAUACAAAGCCGAUUGGUUAAAAAUGCGAGCAGAGAAGCUAGAGGAACAGAAAAAGAAAGAAGAGGACUUACUCAAAGGCCCAAAUAGUUCAGACGCGGUGAUAGAGAAACGCAGUUUGAUCGACGAGGUACCGAUGGGACGAGAGAUGAGCGACGUGUAUCUCUCGCAUCCUGGCGACGAGAGCUCUAGCGACGAGGAGGGCACGGAGCAACAGCCGGAGAUCGAUGACAAAUCAGAAGAUGUGGCGAUGUUCCAGGAAUUUCUAAGAAAACAUGUGAAGCCGAAUAACACUGAAAAUAAAUCCUAAUACAUAAGCUGAAUUGUGAUCUGUACAAAUAGAUGUCGCUUUAAGUUAGACAUUAAGAUUUCGUAUUAAAUACAAUACUGGUAAUAUUACGGUUUUUACUAAAUACCUUAACGAGAUUUAAGAUGCUAUGAACGUAUCGUUUACGCCGGAUUAUCUAUUUAAUCUGUUUCAAGAAGUUAUGAAAGUAGCAUUUUUCCCACAGUGAAUGGACAAAAAAUAUACGUUUUAAGUAUUUUUAAUUCUAAUGUGUUACAAAUGUUAUUCUGAUAUUUCGUAAAACGAAAUGUUCAUUUCAGCCGUUUAAUCUAGCGCAAAAGAUAAUAAAAUAUACAUCUGUCACCCUUUAGGAAUGUAACGUCACAAUUACUUAGUCAGCUCUUAAGUUCUGUCACAAAGCUUUAAAAAAAAUUAGCCAUGAUUUUAAAGCUUGUUUUAUACUGAUCAAAACUUAAUAUAAUUAUUUUGAAAUUUAGAUCACGGCUUUAUUUACUAUUUAUACAAAACUGAGACAGCAAAUAACGUUAAAUUAUUUUGUAAGCAAUAAAGUAUUAAAUAGGCUUUCAACCCAUAUAUAUGAAUAAGAAGCGAUCAGUACCUAUAACUUUAUUAUCAGUAACAGUCUUUGUGACACUAUUUAUGACCUAAGUUUAUAGCGUAUAGGAUUUCUUAUUAAAAAUCUGCUUCAUGUUAGAAUGUUACAUAGCUGCAACAAACAGAGGGCUUAAAUGGGCCUUUGGAAAUGACAAGUUUUAGGAAAAAUUAAUAAAAACAAGAAAGCGCAAAAUAAAUUCGUAUAUUUGAACUAUGAGUAUGCUACAUCACGUGAUAUUUUGGUGUUAAAUUAUUGUGUUAAGCUUGUUCGAAACGUUAACAUUGAUUAAUUAAUAUUUACACAACAAAAUAGUGCAUUAGAUCACCAUAAAACUAUAUCAAAUCCAUCCUAAGUCAACUGGACAAUACUCGCUAAGAAAUUUCAAAACAUAAAUAUAAAGAAUUAAUGUAAAUAUCUAAAAAGUGGCUGUGACAUAAUCGGACAGACAGACGGACAUGACGAAUCUAUAUGGGUUCCGUUUUUUGCCAUUUGGUUACGGAACCCUAAAAAGCGGGUCUGCAGAUUUUUAAUAAAAUCAGUGCCGAGCGUCCCAUUUCCAAUACAAAAUGAUCACCUAGCGAAUUCUUGGCAGUGAAUGUGUUUUGUUUUGGUCAAAAUCAAUUUAACACAAGAUUUAAAAUAAACUUACGGCACCGCUGCAUUAACCUUUUCACCGCCACGUAAAAACCAAACCACCUGACCAAAACCACGACUAUAUGAUAUAUGAAGUCGUGGCGUGUGGGGCACGAAAUGCACUGACUAUAUCAAGUUAAUGGCGGCGGAAAAGUUAAAUAUAACAGAGAUUAGGGCACGUUUUCAAUAGAAAUUCCUUACUCUUAAGAAUUACUACGAAUACAGUCAGUUUUUGAUUGACUCCAGUCAGGAUUGUUAAGUCAUUUAUUUUAACAAUGACAAUUAAAUUUACCAUAAUUAUUUUGUCACACAAAAUAUCUUAAGUACUUUAAAAUUAAGUUGUUGAUAACUUGGUGGAAAAUCUAAAUCAAAGAAAAUUUUAAAUAUAGGUGUGCCAUUUUUCGACACAUGAUUGAAACUUUUAGAACCCCAUUUGACUUUGAUCCUUAUUCUUUCACUGAUAAGUGUUAAAUUUGUUAAAUACCUAUCAAAAAGUGGCGCCAUCUAAUAGAUCAAAGGCUCAAGGUUUCGAGCGAUGGCAACAAAUUUAACACAAUAUCAGUGAAAAAAUAAGGAUCAAAGUCAAAUGGCGUUCUAAAAGUGUUAAUCAUGUGUCGAAAGAUGGCAGUAAAUUUAUGGAGGCUACAAAAUUUUCUUUGACAAUCCACCUCUAUUUAAAAUUCUCUUUGAACUAAAUUAAAGGUAAAAUAAUUAAAUAAGUUACAAAAAUAAAACUUACGUAUCUAAUUGUAUAACAACAGCUGUACGCGAAUCUGGCAGAUAAUUAAAAAAUAAUACGUUGACAAAAGGCAAGGGCGACGUGAACACAAAUAUUACUAAAAUACUGUCGUCCUGGAGCCAUUUUAUAUAAACCGCCAUAACCUGUAUACUUGUAUAGUAUGAAUUUUCUUAAAUGAUUUUUAGGCCUCGGAAAUAGAUGCCUCAACCUCACUGUCCAAGGCCUUAGAUCACGCGGCCGCGGUAGGCCUAAGAAGCGCUGGCUGGACGUCGUGACAGCGGACAUGGGAGAGAACAAUCUCACACCUGAGGAUGCCGAAGGCCGGGCAAAGUGGACAAGAUUAAGUAGGAAAGGGGACCCUGGCGCUAGGCCGGGAUAACGCUAGCUUUAAGAAGAAGAUUUUUAGGCCUCAGAUCCUAAUCUGUUUAACAUAAGCUAUUGUUUCUUUUCUGCCAGCAGUCAGCGUAUUAGCCACUUGGCAAAGCAACAAUAUGAUUUAAAAAGAAACUGUAUCGUGAUAUUGAGGUGGUCGAUCGUCCUACAUUACCAAUACAUGUCACAUGUAGCUACAUAGAUUUGAACCUUAAAACCAUUAAGAUACAGCCGUUUUUUACACGACAUUUGUUGCUCUGCCACGCGCCCAACACGGGGGCCGACCGAUCGCACAAAAGAAACAAUGGCUUUUGUUUAACAGAUUAAGGCGUAAAUAUCAUUUGAGAAAAUUCAUUCUCUAAUACAUUGUUGGAUUAGGUUAGCACAUUAGAGGUACUUAAUUUUUUCGUUACGUAUUUAUACUAGAAUUGUCAUCGGCUUACAGAAAUAAACGAAUUAAAUUAAAAAUAUAUUUUUACAUCUACAUAACGUUUGUUGAUAAAAUAAUAAGUUAAUAGUAAUUUAUAAUUAUCUAUAUAUAUGGAUAUCAUGUAAAGGUGACACAAGGCUUAAAGCCUGUGCCUGAGGCUGGAUUUCGACCAGCAAUUUUAGCAAUCAAGACAUAUUAAACCUACAAAAAUUAAAUGUCAGAAACGGGAACACAAUGUAAGGUAGAAGUACUAGUGCUCGACGCUGCACUAGUACUCGACAUGGGCACUUUAUGUCAAAGUGACAAGGAUUAAGUUCGAAUACAGAAAAAACUCCGUUGUUCAAAUUUAACCUAUAUUUCCAUGAAAUAAAGUGCCCAUGUCGGUGACUAAAUAGUGCAACGUCGAGCACUAGUACUUCUACCUUAAUAUAAUACCAAUAAUAAAUCAAAAUUGUCACAACCUAAUGUAAAACUAAUUUUCUAAAAACUUAUAAGAAGUUACGCGCUACAGUAUAGGAACGUGUAGUAAAAACUGGGUACAUAAUUUUCUAAAACUUCACAAAAUUUCUGAAUGGUUUUUAUAAGUUUGAUUUUCUAUCUUAUUCCGAGAGAUUCCGAAGCCGGCUCCUUGUCACUGCGGGGUUGCGUGAUGCAUCGCAACCAUAAUAUGAUUUGUAGUGUUUAGUGUUAAGAUAUAUUGUUAUAAUAUGUAUGUUAGUUUUAAGAUAUUUAUUUAUGGGCCUCUACUUGCCUGAAAUAGACAUUUUAAUUUUA